AUGCAUCCCAGUGCGUUAUUGGGUCUUUUGGCCUUCGCAUCCGCGGUUUCGGCCGUGCCUGCACCGCCGCCGCACGCCCACUCACAGCCGGCGAUCGAUAACCUCAAAUCCAAGAUCAAGAACGUGGUCAUCCUGGUCAUGGAGAAUCGUUCGUUCGACAAUCUCCUGGGUGGCCAGAAGCACAAAGGCCUCGAAAACCCCAUUAACAGCGGCCCGUACUGCAAUCCCUUCAACCUCACCGACCCUUCUCAGGGAGUGGGUUGCGCCGAACCCAAGAGCUUUGACUCGAUCACCAACGAUCCAGACCAUGCCAUCUAUGGCAACAACAUCGAGUUCUUCGGCACCUUCAACCCGGACAACAACUUGAUUGCCCAGGGAAAGCUCGUCGCUCACAAUCAGGGCUUUCUCCACGAGCAUGUCCGCAAGUACGGCUCCAAGGUCAACAAGACCAUCCUGUCUGCCCAGGUGAUGAACUACUACACGGAGAAGCAAGUCCCCGUCCUCACCUCGCUGGUGAAAAACUACCUGACCUUUAACCACUGGCACUCGGAUAUCCCUGGCAACACCGACCCCAACCGUGCCGCGCUGGUCUCUGGAACCUCGCUCGGCCACGGCCUCAACGAUGCCGCCUUCAGCAAGCACGAGUUCCCCCAGCGCUCCAUCUUCCAGCAGCUGACCGAGACCGGCCAUUCGUGGAUCAACUAUGUGGACCCGGCCGGCGGCACCGGCCCCGACGCCGGCUACUUCAGCUGGACCUAUGCCACCAAGAACGAGGACAAGAUCCAGCCCCUGGCCAAGUUCUACACCGAUGCCAAGGCUGGUGCCCUGCCCGAAUUCACAUACAUCAACCCUUCCUGCUGUGGAGUGGGCACAAAGUCAAUGCACCCGGCCGGCCUGAUCUCCGACGGCGAAGCCCUCAUCAAGUCGGUGUAUGAUGCGCUUCGUGCGGGUCCCCAGUGGCACGACACCCUCUUCAUCCUGACCUUCGACGAGAGCGGUGGGUUCCACGACCAUGUCCCCGCCCCUCUGGCCCCCCGCCCGGACAACCAGACCUUUACCCUUAGCACGCCCAGUGGCCAGGACUACACUUUCCCCUUUGAUCGCCUUGGGGGUCGGAUUCCGACUCUGUUGAUCUCCCCCUGGGUCAAGAAGGGACGGGUCGAGCAGAAGGGUACCAACGCCCGCCGCGAGACCGUCUCCUACUCGGCCACGUCGAUUCUGCGCACGCUGGGUUAUCUCUGGGACUUUGAGCCGUUCAACGCGCGGGUGGAACAUGCCCCGUCUUUUGAGCAUUUGAUCGAGCGCAAGGCGCGUGACCAUACGCCUUCUGCCAUGCCAUCCCCGGUGCCGUUCAAAUAG